AUGUCGAUCCGCAUCCUACUCCUCGGAAAUGGCGGCAGAGAGCAUGCUCUCGCCUGGAAACUCGCAAAGUCGACACAGGUAGACCAUAUCUGGGUCUGCCCAGGAAAUGCUGGCACAAAAUCAGAACCAAAAACAACAAAUCUCGACCAGAUAUCCCCCUCUGAUUUCCCCAAUCUCGUCGACUUUGCCGUCAAAAACAAUGUAUCCCUGGUCGUACCAGGUCCAGAGCAGCCCCUGGUAGAUGGCGUUGAAAGCCAUUUCAGGAAAGUGCUGAUUUCGGCAGUCGGAAUUCCUGUCUUUGGUCCGAGUGAAAAAGCUGCUCGAAUGGAAGGAUCCAAGGCUUUUUCCAAGGACUUUAUGGCCCGUCACAACAUCCCAACUGCUCAGUUCCGCGUUUUCAAGGCUCCCGAACUCGACGCUGCCAUCAACUACAUCAACACCUGUGGUCACUCGGUUGUCCUCAAGGCCAGUGGCCUCGCAGCAGGAAAGGGCGUGUUGAUCCCAGAGACAAAAGAAGAGGCAAUUGCUGGUCUCAAGGAAAUCUUGGUGGACGGUGUCUUUGGUGAUGCUGGCAAUGAAGUUGUCAUCGAGGAACUUUUGACUGGUCCUGAGAUCUCAGUCUUGGCCAUUUGUGAUGGCUAUACUAUCAUCCCCCUUCCCGCUGCACAGGAUCACAAGAGGAUUGGUGAAGGUGACACUGGUCUUGAUACCGGUGGUAUGGGUGCAUACGCCCCUGCCCCGGUUGCCACUCCUGAGAUCAUGGAACGUAUCAUGAAUGAAACCCUCAAGCCCACCAUCGACGGAAUGAGGCGUGAAGGCUAUCCCUUCGUCGGUGUCCUCUUCACUGGCUUUAUGCUCACGGAUUCAGGUCCCAAGGUCUUGGAGUACAACGUUCGAUUUGGUGACCCGGAAACCGAAGCUCUCAUGCUCCUUCUCAAAAAAGAUGUCGAUCUGGCGUCAGUCUUCUUGGCGGCUGCUGAGCGUCGACUCGACUCCGUGCAGGUCGAGUUCCAAGAAGGCGUUGCCGUAACGGUAAUCCUUGCAUCGCAAGGUUACCCGGGAAGCUAUCCCAAGGGAAAGGUAAUCGCUAUCGGGGACCUUCCUUCAGAUGUUGUCGUCUUCCACGCCGGAACAAAGUACUCGGGCAACGAUAUCGUAACCUCUGGUGGACGAGUCCUUGCAGUUACGGCAUAUGGGCAUACCAUCCAGGAAGCUCUCGCCUCUGCCUACAAGGCUGUCGACAAUGUUUCCUUCGACGGAAAGACUUACCGUCGAGAUAUCGCUCACCGUGCACUCAAAGAUCAGCCUGCUUCGACGGGCUUGACGUACGCCCAAGCAGGUGUUUCAGUAGAUGCCGGAAACGCCUUGGUCGAAGCCAUUAAACCCUUCGUGAAAGCCACCCGCCGCCCGGGUGCAGACGCAGAUAUUGGUGGAUUCGGUGGUGUCUUUGACCUCAAAGCUACUGGCUUCAAGGACCCCGUCCUCGUCAGCGGUACCGAUGGUGUCGGUACCAAACUUCGCCUAGCAGUCGAUUGUGACAUCCAUGAUACGGUCGGUAUCGAUCUUGUCGCCAUGUCGGUGAACGACCUCCUCGUUCAAGGUGCCGAGCCCUUGUACUUUUUGGACUACUAUGGCUGCAGCAAGCUCGAUGUCCCCGUUGCAACCCAGGUGGUCAAGGGUAUCGCUGAGGGAUGCAGGCAAGCUGGUUGUGCAUUAAUCGGCGGUGAGACCGCGGAAAUGCCUGGCAUGUACCUCCCCGGUGACUAUGAUCUCGCCGGUUUCGCAGUCGGAGCAGUCGAACGAGACCUCAUCCUUCCCACUCCCAACAUAGUCCCAGGGGACGUCCUGAUUGGACUCACCUCUUCCGGUCUGCACUCUAACGGAUUCUCCCUCGUCCGCAAAAUCAUCCAAGUCUCCGGCCUGACCUAUACCUCACCCUGCCCCUGGUCUCCUGACGUCCCUCUCGGUCGCGCCCUCCUCGAGCCUACCAGGAUAUAUAUCUCCCAAGUCCUCCCCGUCGCCAAAGCUGGCUUGCUCAAGGGCAUGUCUCACAUCACAGGCGGCGGCUUCACCGAAAACAUCCCCCGAGUCCUUCCCAAAAACACCGGCUGCUACGUUGACGCCUCGACUUGGACUCUUCCUCCCGUUUUCAAGUUUUUAAAGAAGCACGGGAACGUCGCCUCCCCCGAGAUGGCUAGGACGUUCAACAACGGUAUCGGCCUUGUUCUUAUUGCCGCAGCUGAGAACGUGGACAAGGUCCUCGAGCAACUCAAAGGUGGUUCAGCCGAGGUAUAUCGCAUCGGAGAGGUCACUGACAAACCUGGCGUGGAAAUGCGCAAUCUCUCCGCCUGGGAUUAGACGUACUAAAAAUGGCGAUGGGCCAUGGGACUUCGGAACGUGUCUGCGUUAUUGUUAUCUGUAAAAUAGCCAUCUCGAAAGGAGCGUACGAUUUGAACGACGGUAAAUACAGUGCUGUGAAUGCAAUGGUUUAUGAUGGAAGGUCUGCAUGUAGUCGGACAUCAAGCCAACAGAAAAGAGGGGAAAGGAGGAACACCGGCACACGGAGAAAGAACUAGCUGAUUAUAGCGUAUGAACUACUUCUAUGGAGUGGAGAUUGGAUAGUACAAAUGUGGUGGCACAGGACAGGUAGAAGAAUAGGAUACAUGGGGUUGUGAGAGGCCAGACACAGAGUCGCGGGUAGAAUGAAAAAUACUCGCCAGGAGAGGAACUCGCGGUGGAGUUCCGGCAGGGACGACGCCGACAGCAAUGAAUCUGGGUGGUGUGGUGAUGUAACAGGAGGUGGGAUGGGAUGUGGGCAGGUUUAGUAAAUACACAGGAUGUUGAAUAUAUGUAUGUGUGAUGACGAUGGAAACGAGCUUGAACAAGUCGACGGGAAAGGGGCGAAGAUGAUCCACGGGGUCCCAAGAUGAUGACUAUGUCUACCGAUCAACAAGGCGUCAAGUGAAUAGCUGGAGAGGGAACAAAAGGAGAGAGAGAGAAGAAAAGAGAGGAAAGACCUUCAUGUUAUGUGCAUGCUAGAUAAUGGUGAA